AUGCUAAGAUUUCCUUUCAACCGUAAUAAAUGGGAUCCUAAAGGGAAGCACUGUUAUGUGACUGGCGGAUCCCAGGGCCUAGGGCUUUCAGUCGCCCUUCUUCUUGUCAAGCUCGGUGCAGACGUGUCCAUCGUCGCCCGUAAUGAAGAUAAACUACGUGCUGCACAUGCCGAGAUGGAGAAAGCACGGCAGCUUCCCAGUCAAAUUCUCAGAUGGUAUUCCUACGAUCUCAGCGAGUGUAAAUCGUCCGAGGCUGCAUUGGAAGCUGCAUCCGAAGGACACAAUGGUCGUUGCCCAGACGCUCUCCUCUUGUGCGCCGGGGCGGCAGUACCAGGAUUUUUUGUGGAAGAGGACGAAACGUCGAUGAGAAAGGGAAUGGAUAACGGGUACUGGGUGCAGGCAUGGUCAGCUCUGGCCGGCGCAAAGCGCAUGGUGCGGGAGAACAAGGCUGGAAAGAUUGUGCUCGUCUCUUCUUUCCUCGGUUACAUGUCAAUUAUGGGCUAUUCCUCGUAUGCGCCUGCGAAACACGCGUUACGAGGCCUAGCGGAAACGCUUCGUUCGGAAAUGCUCCUGUACGGAAUUUCUGUCCACACAUUCUUCCCUGGGACGAUCUAUAGCCCAGGCUAUGAAGCGGAAAACAAAAGCAAGCCGAAGAUUACUCUCACAAUUGAAGAGACGGAUGGAGGUCAGACUCCCGACAAGGCUGCUGAGGGUCUAUUGAAAGGUGUUCAGCGCGGCGAUUUUCAUAUAUCAGCGGACUUGUUAGGGAACAUCUUCCGUUCUUCCACCAGAGGCGCGACACCUCGAAAUCAUGUGUUCCUAGAUGAGAUCUAUAGUUUCAUUGGCUGGGUGAUACUCCCUAUAUGGCGACGGUCCGUGGAUUCUACUAUCAAGGGACACCGACAAGAGCAUCGUUCCUAUCUGGCUGAGAAAGGUCUUCUUUCAUAAUAAGAGAUACGAGGUUAUUCCCGAGUCUCUCGUUUAUACGCACCGGAUUGCUAUAUCGUCCUCAGACUCGAAUUAGUCUUACGAUAUAGCCUUCUCUUCCAUGCACUCGAGAAAGCCAUCGAUGACCCCCAUUCCUCUAAAGUAGUUUCUCGGAGUCAGAUGACCAAAGACGCCGUUGAUAUGUAGUGCGUCGAAUUCCCUUCGUAAGUCAUUAAUGCAUCAGCAUAAACAUAGAUGGUAAGUAGGUAGUAUUACGCGAUAGGGUCGUAUAGGUAACUCGGAGAUAUGGGUAUACAGAUCCGAGCCGAUAUAUCAUCUGGGGUCCAAGCUGAGUAAGUUUAUCUACGCUACCGAAGCCGGAGUAACCUGCUGUAGAAUGAUACAAGAAAAGCCAU